AUGAAGUUUCGCGCAGUCAUAAGCGAUGGCAUUAACAUCAAAGAAUUUCUCAACGUGAUCACUACCUUUUCUCGCAUGGAGAAGAAUCUAAUCAUCAAUGUACAACCGAAGAAGCUGCUUCUACAGAUCGAAUCCGAGGCGUACGAUGGGCAAUACCUGUGGUGUGAUAUCGAUGCCUCCCUGCGGGAAGGUUUCUUCUCCGAGUACAUCAUGGACGGUAUCGACAAUGAGCACAACCAAAUCUAUAUGAUCUGCCUGGCGAGCAGUUUCCUGCGAGCGCUUUCCUAUGUACGAAACAACGCGGUUGAUUACAUCAAGCUAAAGCUCAUCAAAACCCACAUGCCCUGCCUGGCGGUGGAAAUGUCCGCUACGAUCAGCAACGACCAGGACGUUCUGACGCCAAAGAUACAGCAUGCCAUACCCAUCACGGUCGUUCCGCGCAACGAGUGGAACCAGUACGAAAUCCCACUCGAGGUUGAGUACGAUCUGUCGAUCGCGAUGCCAUCGGCGAAAUCGUUGCGCAUGUUGCUGGAUAAGAAGAAAAACCUUGCUCCAACGGUUACACUGUACGCCACACUCAGCGACGAACUGUCGCUUGUGGUCGAAACCGAAGUGGUUACCGUGGCGAGUCAUUAUCGGAAUCUCAAGUGUGCUCCAGCGCGGAAAACAACCGACCAGCAGCCGCACGAACAACUUACGAAUCUAUCCGAGGCAAGCUGUCGAGUGGAUACGAAGAAACUUGCCGCACUAUUUGAAACUAUUAAUUUUUACGAUAUGGUAAUGACGGCGAAUAUACGACACGAGCAGGCGUUAAACAUACGCUUCGAUAUGCGUCAGAACGCGUUUGUUAAUUAUAUUUUACCGGCUACUAAUUUCGAAUAA